AUGCUGGGUGUGGCCACUCUUACUUUGGGUUCAUCAACCACAAUGGUGGCUCAGAACCAUGCUCAACAACAGCAUGCCACCACUCUUGCCUUAGCCAAUGGACACAGAAGGCACAGUGUUUCCAGCAGGACUCACUCCUUGCCUAUGAGUUUGGUGUCUCCCACCAACCAAAGUCUCACCUUUCUCUCUUCCUUCAAGGAACCAGCACAUGCACGCCCCUUCACCACAGCUGUUGCAUCUGUUGAUUCUGACCAGCUCAAUUCUUCUGAUCCUCCCAACAAAAAUGAAGCAAACAAGUAUUAUUUUGUUGUUGCAAAUGCAAAGUUUAUGUUGGAUGAGGAGGAGCACUUCCAGGAGCAAUUGUUUGAGCGGCUUCGUCUCUUUGGGGAGAGAAAUCAAGAACAGGAUUUCUGGCUUGUCAUUGAGCCUAAGUUCUUGGAUAAGUUCCCUAACAUUACCAAGAGGUUAAAGAGACCAGCUGUUGCUCUUUUGUCAACCAAUGGUACCUGGAUCAAAUUCAUGAAGUUGAGACUGGACCGAGUUUUAUCUGACAGUUUUGAAGCUGAGAGCCUAAAAGAAGCAUUAGCUUUCAAUCCUACUGAUCUGAAGUUUGAGAAGCCUGAGAAAUGGGUGGCACCCUAUCCUAAAUAUGAAUUUGGAUGGUGGGAACCCUUCUUGCCCCCUGUUCAGAAAGAGGUCAGGAAAACCAUUGGGGCAUACUGUGGCAUGCAGGCUUUUUUCUGGGGUUGGUUGUCCUCAUCUCACAUAAGAAAUAAGCAGGCAGCACAAUGUGAAGAGAUAGAGGGAAACAAAUUCUGCUAUCACCAGUUCUUGCCUAGCCCUCUGGGCUGGGACUUGGUGGUUCCUUCACACUAG